CAGACUACACCUUAUAUGUGCACGCUGCUCUUGUUAAUAAAGUUACACUUAGCAAACAAAAAAAAGCACCUCUCACUAUGGCUGCGUCUGCAGAACACGAGAGGGGAGACCAGGUGGUGUCACUUUGGGGUAAGGUGUGUUUGGUGACAGGGGCCAGUUCUGGGAUCGGCGCAGGCACUGCUUUGCUGUUUGCCAGACUGGGAGCACAGCUGGCACUUAAUGGGAGAAAUGAAGAAAAUCUGCAGGAGACUGCUCGUGGGUGUGAGGAGCUCAGUGACCAUAAGGUGCUGCUGGUGCCAGGAGACCUAACCGAUGAAUCUUUGGUCCAGCAAUUAGUUGAGCAGACUGUGUCCCAUUUUGGAAAGCUUGAUGUAUUGGUGAAUAGUGGGGGCAUACUGAGUAAUGGCAGCGUGGAGACCACCACUCUACAGGACUUUGACAAAGUCAUGAAUGUCAAUGUCAGGGCCAUGUUUUAUCUCACUCACUUAGCAGUACCGCAUCUCAUAAAGACCAAAGGAAAUAUCGUCAAUGUAUCCAGUAUAAAUGGCCAGAGAUCGUUUCCUGGAGUUCUGGCUUAUUGCAUGUCUAAAUCUGCUGUAGACCAGAUGACCAGAUGCGCAGCCCUCGAGCUGGCGCCUAAACAAGUUCGGGUCAAUGCCGUCUGUCCUGGGGUGAUUAUAACUGAUAUCCAUCGGCGAGCUGGACUAAAUGAGGAACAGUACGCUCAGUUUCUACAGCGUACCCAGCAGACACAUGCCUUGGGACGGCCUGGCACAGUCAAUGAAGUUGCUCAAAUGAUCGCCUUUCUGGCUUCCGACGCAGCCUCCUUUAUUACUGGAGUAACCAUUCCUGUGGAUGGAGGGCGUCAUGCCAUGUGCCCACGCUAAGGUUGAACAAGGGGGAACAAACUCUUAACUGGAAGUUCUUUACAACAAAAACAUGAAUACCAAGCUUGCGCCUGUAACAGUAUCUGCAUAACAAACCAGAAAAUACCAUUAACAUUUUGUAAAAAUUAAACAUUACAACCUCACACUGAUUCAGUCAUCUAAUUCCUGUCUAUUAUAAACAUCAGUUAUCUACAAUACAUUUUAUAUACAAAAUAUAAGCUUGUUAGGAGUAUAAUAAAAUGAUUAUAAUAUAUUAUGGUAAGUUAUGAGAACAUUGUGCUAAACAUAGACAGUUUUGUAACUAGAAAAAAAGGCUGUGGCAUCUGAUCUUUAUUAACAUACUUUUACAAAUAUAUUUUUUUAAACACAAGGCAGCCAGAGAGGGAAGUAACAUUACCCUAGCCACUGCCUUAAGGGAAAUAAAAUAUUCUUUUGCAACACAUAUGCUUUAAUAUUUAUUUUUUUUACUAACCCUGGUUAACCGCAGAUAGGCUAAACACAAAAGCCUCUGAUGAAGCGCAUGUGCAAAACGCAUAAGAACGUUGGGAAUGCACCUGUAAUCUGCAUCUCUACCACAGAAUAAACUGUUGAUUUGCAAGAGGA